AUUGAGAGAUUUGUUCAAGUGAAUGUAGCAGGAUUGUAGGUAGAAUUAGCCCUCUUGUAUCUGUGUCCAUCUUACUCUAACAAUAAUCUCUUAAUUUGCUGUAGCCUGCUGGAGGUGAUCCCCAAUAUUUCAGUCGCCCAUAAAAAUCUGCAGAAACCUGUCAUAUCGUGAGUCACUUUACACUGACUGCCGCUGUGUCUCCCCUGUGAUCCCUUACAUGUUCACUUAUUUCAGGAUGGGUAAACUUUUGACUGUUCUGAGCCUUGUCCUACUUCUCUCUUAUGGAGUGGAGAGUUUUACAAUAUCAGAGAAAGAUUAUGAAAACAUUGACAAAAUGUUGGAAUUCGGGGCCCAAGUGUUUUUAAACUGUUUGGACAAAGUCAGAGAUGUAACUGAGAGAAUGGUGAGAGAAAACCAGCUGAGAUCAAACAGAAUUGCAAUCCAGGAUCACUGGAAUUCUUUCAGAGAGUCAGCAAACAGAAUCAGUGUGGAGGAAAGAGGUAAAGGGGAGCAGGAUGAUUUAGUUGUAGCAGCACGCACUUUCCGAGGACUGGUUCUGUUCUAUAAGGACGAUGUACAAAGGAUGAUCCGUUCACUAGCAACAGAGAAGGGUGUUCAACAAUAUAUACCAGCUGUGAACAUGUUAGAGGGGAUCAUUCAAAGAGAUCGACUGAGGGAGAUUUGGGGAGCUGUGGAGUCACGCUACUUUCCUGAAGCUCCAUCAGCCAAAAAUGAUCCCUUGGAGUUCCUCUGUUACCUUCUAUCCACCAGAACCAAUAUUCUUAAAACUGGAGACGUGAUUUUACAACUUAAAAAAAUGAAUUUUAAAAAAUUACAGGAAAGACUACAGUCUGCUGUGGAUGCAAUCAGAGAGAAGGUCACUGAAUUUGUGGAUCUGGAGAAGCAGAAAGAGAAAGAUGAAUUACUUGUAUCAGUAAGUGCUGCUGCCAGAGUGUGUAUUUUUUACUGGGAUAGCUUUCUGGAAUACACAGAAUCACAUGAGUUUAUGCGGAAAGUCAUGCAGGCACACAAUGUAUUUGAAGGUAAAAUGUUUGAAGAAACAAUGCAAGAAAUGCUUGGAAUCGUCCAGGCAUUAAUUGAAUCGAACUUGAUCACAGAAGUUUUUUGGUUACUUGCAGAUUAUUUUCAAGAAAUCAGUAGAGCUGUCUCCAACAUACCCUAUUAUCCUUUCAUGGUAUUUGGUCAUGAGAGGAGAUGGAAAACUGAAAGUGCCCUAGGGAAUGUUGCAGCUCUUGGUGGCGCUCUGAUUUGGGAAAAGCUGUAUGAAAUGGAUGUGUUUUCUAUGAUCAAACAAUGUUAUUUAAGUGCUUUGGAUAUAAUUUAUGUCCUUGCAGGAGAGGAAGACUUUGAGACUAUCAGAGGCUUCGUCUUUAAACACUGGAGAGCUUUCAGUGGCAGGGCAUAUCUAGUCAUUGAUGAAGAGAGAAGGAACACAACAGCAUUCCCGCUUCCACAAGUGAGGGCCAGUGUGCGAUUGUUAUCAAUGUACUCAAGUCAACUAGUCAAUGAAAAUAUUGGUGACGGGGGCACAAAACACAUUGCAAAGAACUUGGACAAAAUGAAGAGGUUUUACACUGAAAAACUGCUGGCCAGAGGAAUAAUUACUCAGCAGGGGCUGGAAGAAUUUCAAAGGAUCCUUGAAGAAAACAUUUUGAAGUUAUUAAAAUUGGCAGGUGAACGUGACGUGCAGGACUUGUUGUGGAACUUGUAUAAAGCUUCUGUGGUGUUCCUCAAUUUGAUAUAUUCUCGCCUGAAUGAGAGCUGGAACUUCAUAUCUGUGUGAUAUCUUACACUGAAAGAGAAGAGUAUGCUUUUAGAGAGGAAUCUGUAGUUUGUUUUGAAUCAGCGUGUAAACGCUCACACAAGUGAUCAUGAUUUCAUAUGUUAUUCAUUAAAUUUUAAUUGAAAGUUCUUACAAGGUUCACUCAUGGCAAAUAUGAACUUCACAAAAAAAAAUUAAUGAUAACUUAUUGAUGUAGACAUGGCAGAAAAAGUGCAUCUGUACCUACCUACUUAUGCAACAUCCUCUACAGACAGCAAACUUCUACACACUGUAAUGCACAAUUACAGUUUAUUUACUGAAUUUAAUAUAUUGGAAAAAAAAUAAACAUAAAAUAUGACCUGUGCAAAGUUAUACUUAGGUUUAUAGCAAGUUUAUACACUGACCAAUCACUUUGUUAAGUACAUCUUCUUACAAUCUUUGUCUGUUUUAUAUGCUUCACUUACCAUAUAUAGGUGCACUGUUACAGACUGUAGUCCAACUGUUUGUCUGCAUACUUUGUUAGACUCCUUUCACCCUGUUCUUCAGUGGUCAGGAACCCCACAAGACCACCACAGAGCAAGUAUUAUUUGGGUGGUGGAUCAUUUUCAGCACUCCAGUGACACUGAUGUGGUGGUGGUGUUGGUAGUGUAUGUUAUGCUGGUACAAGUGGAUCAGACACAGCAGUGCACCAGACUGGGAUUAAGGCCUAAUGAGUCAAAUAAACUCUAAGACCUCUGUUUAACUGAGCAAAUAAUGUUAAACACACAAUGUUAAACUGAAUUUGACUGGCUAAAAUAACACACUUUCUUGGCAAAAUGGUCAAACCUCCAGGAAAUAUUAAACAGAUGGCACAGAAACAAACAUUUCAAUGUUAGCUACAACUUACAAUCGGAAGAUGAGAUUUCUUUAGUCAAUCUCUAAACAACCACCAAAAAAAUCACACAAUAUAGGUAUCAGUUUAAAUCUAUUCAACCUUCAUUAUUGCUGUAUAUCUGUGCUGUACUAUCUGUUUUAAACAGUUUUAGAAUGUGCCAAACUGUAAGAAUAACAGCACAUAUUAUAUUCUCUUCUCCUGUUUUAGCAGAUACAUAUUUGUAUCACCCCCUCACCUCCAAACACCCAAAACAUUUAAACAUUUACCUGCUUCCUCUUUUCUCUUUAAGAGUGUUUGAAGACAGCAUUGUCCCAAAUGAUGCCAAACUGGAAGCCAGGGUAACUGUCCUCUGCCACAGUCUAUCUUUCACUGUAGAAGGAUAGACUAUGACAGAGCAGCUUAAGCCAGAUAUCUAGGCAGAUAAACCAUACUGAACUGAAAUUGACUGUGAAAUUUUCCAUUCUGGCAACCACUUAUUUAUGGUGUCACAUAUGGUGGUCCAACCGAAAUUUAUGUCAAGACACUGUAGCAUUCGUUGUACCAAUUUUCAAAAUCUCAGUAGGUAAGUCUUCCAUUUUUUGUUAUUUACACAAUAACAGACAUACUAAUUACACAUCCCUCUAUUGAUAAAUGCUGUCUUACGCCUCCUGCUUGACAUCAUACGGGACAGUGUUGCAUUCCACUUUUCUUACAUUUGAUCAUGAUCACAGAAAAAAGCAAAAUGUUUCCGAGUAUUUCAAGUUUAUGUUUCAAUUGAAUUUGUGUAUUUUCAGAUGUUUCCUCUGUGAGAUGUAGAGCAUUUUGGGCAUAAAAUGAACUGCAGUGUCAAACUAAAGAAACAAAGCAUGUUUCUUUAGA